AUGACAACAGAACUGCUGGGAACACCGCGAUCAGAGCCGCCCUUUAGACUGACGAAUAUUAAUGCGAGAAGCGUCGUAAACAAACCGGAAGAGCUUGAAAGUGUACUCCUGACUUACGACCCCGAUAUAAUAAUAAUUACUGGAACUUGGUUGAACAAAGAAAUACCGAAUAGUGAAGUUUUCAUAGAUGGGUUUAAUGUGUUUCGGCGAGAUCCUGGCUCUAGGGGAGGGGUCGCACUCCUCGUAAACGACAAUUUUGAGUGUCCAGUUAUCGAACAGAACUCUGAUUGUGACAUGAUCUGGGUGUCCGUCCGUUGGGGUUGUCACUCAAUGCUUAUAGGGGCACUGUACAGGUGCCCGCAAGCUGGUAUAGAAGUGCUCACAAAAUUAUCUGAAUUUUUAAUGUUCAGCCUAAUUAAUUUUUCACGUGUUAUACUGGCUGGAGAUUUCAACUUGCCAUAUAUUGACUGAGACAUGAUUCCUAUAGGAAGCUGCGCACACUCAAGCCUACUUGUAGAUAUUGCUUUUAGCAAUAACUUAAGCCAGGUAGUGAGAUGCCCCACGCGCGUGUCUAGUGUGCGUGAUUCAUUGCUAGAUCUUGUGUUCUUAUCAGAAGCCAUUGCCAGAAAUAUUAAUAUAUCAAAUGUAGAGGGCAUAUCUGACCAUGCAAUAGUUGUUUGUGAUUUAUCUUUCCGGCAAAAUACGAGGGGUACUAAAGAGCUGAAACGGUUCCGGGAUUUCACUAGGGCGGAUGAUGUUGGCAUCCUCGAUAUGUAG